GGGAUCAAAAUUGAUUUUGAAACAUGAAUUCAAGCCCCUUAAAUAAUAGUAUUACCCCCUUCUUGAGUCCUGCUAGUUCAAGUGAAAAUCAGCAAAAUGAGACGAAUUCUUUGAAUUUGAGUGAAUCAUCCGAUUCUGAAUCUCCGAUUUCGCUCAUUUUUGAUGCUGAUUCCUCAGAUGAUUUAAGUGAAGAAGAAUUGGUAGACAUGGAUGUUCCAAUGUUUUCAAAUUGUAGUUCUGGAGAUGAGAUGGGUUCAAAGGCCACAUCUGAUUACUCAGGAGAAAAACAUUGCUUGGAUUCGGUUUGUGAUAUGAAGAAUAUUUCUUCGAAUAGUGAGAUUUCAUUGAAAACAUCGUUGACUGAUUCGCAACUUGAUGCAAUUAUGGAUGACAGCUUUUCACAAGAGAACAUUGCACACUCUUCUAGAAUACCGAAUAACGAAAAUGUUGAAACUUUUGAAAAUUCUUAUGGUUUUUCUGUAACUUCACCAACUCAAACUAUAUCAAAAAAUGAUUUGUCAAAAACAACUCAAAACAAAAAUAUUUAUCAAGGACCAGCUCAGUUCUCUGAGAAAAAACAAGAGCCACCUGCUUCGCAAAAUAGUGGACAUUCUGUCGAGAAGAGAGUGUCAAAUAACCUUGUUUUAUCUCCUGAUGUCAUAAAAGCGAUGGACAUCAGUGAUAGUGUGAUUAGCACACCCUGCAGCUCAAAUAAAAACUCCAGAAGAAGUGAUAACUUGAAAACUGAGAAAUCAUUUAGUAAUCUGAUUCUAUCACCUGCUAUCCUUAAAGAGAUGGAUGUCAGUUUUUCUCCAUGUAAUUCAGCCGACAAUUCUAUCAUUGCUAGCAACACUGUGUCAGGUCUUUCUAAAUCCACUAAUAAUUCAAAUUGCACAAAACCCAAACCAAUUUGUGACAGAUAUUCUAACAGCAAAUAUAAAGAGGCAAACACUUCAUCUUCACAUGCGAAGGGUUCACCUUAUGUUAGCCUUGGACAGCCAACUUCAAAAGAAAAAUUUUCUGUUUAUAAUUCUUCGAAUAGUAAACCGAAAUCAGCUUUACCAACAUCAUCAUAUGCAGGAGAUAUCCUAUCUCCACAUGUAAGUCUUGGACAACCAGUGUCUUCUACUUCCACUCCAAAGAGUCAUAUCCAUGCUAAGGUAUUGAAUCAAAAAUGGAAAUUACCUUUGAACUCUUUUUCCAAUGCUGCUAUGUCGCCCUAUGUAAGCCUUGGGCAGCCAGUUGACAGUAAAACCAUUCUCGAGAAGUCAAAGUUUGUUAAAAUAGGUUCUGCGGCUGAUGUUAGCACAGUUUCUGAUAACAGCUUGGAAGAUCUUUUCGACAUGACAACCUUCGGGUCAAAAAGUUCAAAUACAGAAAAUUCGAAAUUUGAUUCAACUUUUUCAAUUGAAAAUUUAGACAAAGCUUUCAAUUUCAGUGAUUUAUCCUGCAAUGAAAGUUUUAGUGAUAAUAUCACUGAUGAAAAAAUAACAAUUCCUGAUACAAAGAAAUCAACUGAUAAGAAUAAUGCAGUGUUGCGAAAAAGAAAAUCUCCAACUGUUAUAGUUUCACCUACUCAGUCAAAAUCAUCUAAAAUUGCAUCAAAUUGCCCAAGUACUCCAAGUAAUCAUGUAACACAUGAACAAUUCAUUGAAGAAGAGCAGUUAAUAUUAUCAUCUCAAAAAAGUCCUAUAAAUUCGAAACGAAAACUAAAAAAAAAGCACACGGGAGCUAGAAAGUCUAUCAUCACCGAAUCGAAAAAGAAAAUACCAACAUCGAAAAAUGAAAUUAUUAAAACCGACUGUAAAAAUAAAGAAAUAAAAAUGACAUCACUCAAUGAUAUUACCAAUACACAGGAUAAAGAUGCGAACAUCAUGAAUAAUAUCAGUUCUGGAUUGAAUACAGGAGAGGAUGACGGUUUUAUUGCCUCGUCCCAAACUUUGGUGCCAACUGCAGUACCCGUUACACAAAUCUCACAAAAGUUAACGGCUUCACAGACUGGGUUGACGAUAAUUGAUGUUUGCUCUCACACUGAGUUAUUCAACACUUUCAUGGAGGAAUGGAAUUCUAAAACUUGUUUUUCUUUUGCCGUUGCCACAAGGAGUAAUGAAACACAUAAGGUUGGUGACUGA